AUGACCUAUGAUUCCUGGACCGUCGUCAGCUGCUCUGGAACUCAACCCCGAAGGAGCUUCGCGACAACGACCGCACCUAAAAUCCCUGGGAAUGGCACCACGAAGACCAGUGCUCCGGGGCCGCCUCCUGGACGCGCGCUCCGAGGCUGGCGCUGGCCGGUCCUUCCCUCCGGACCCGCCCGGACCGCGACCGCGUGGACAUUCUUCCGGCAGCCGGGAGAGGCCUGGCGGCCUGGGCCAGGCGCCGCGUCGGGCAGCCCGGGCUCCCGGCCGCGCUGGACGCGGGCCCCCGGCGCGAGCGCGCGGCCCCAGGCCGGGCCGCCCCCCGCCGCUCCCGGCUCGCAGGUGGAGGUGGCUCCGCCGGCCGAGUGCCGGCCCCGAAGCCCCCAGCUCCCUGCAACCCCCCACCCGCCACCCCGGCGUGCGUGCGCCCCCCGCCUCCUCCCCACGGGUUUAGUUCGUCUUUUUCGGUUUCUUUCUUCGACGCUUCUCGGUUCCCCACCCCCGCGGCGGCAGUCGCCCCCAGCCAAGCCCGUGGGCCGACCUGGAGGGCUGCGGCGGGGCCCCUGCGUGGCGCGCCCUCCCGGCCCGGGGGGCCGAGGGGAGGCCGGCGCGCGGCGGAGAGGCGCGGGGGCGGGAGGUGCGCGAGCGGCCCCGGCCGGGGAGGGGGCCGCGCGGGGGCCCGGGCCGCAGGCGCUCGUCCCCGCCCGGGCCCUCCGUCCCUCCCCAUCUGUCGGACCGAAGCUGCUGAAGCUGCAGAAAUGUGCUGGCGCCUGUCCACCGGCUGCAAACAAAACCCAACCAAACGCGGCGAGGGGGAAAAGCGAAUAUGGCGCUGCUGAAAAUGGAGCCUCGGCAUCUAAGGACGUCUCUCUUUCCCCCGUCGCCUCUUGCUUCGUCGAUUUGGCCCCCCUGGUCCUUCACCGUGACGCCUCCUUCGCGGCCCUCCGGGUGCUGCCAACCCCACCACCCGUUUUCCUGUUCUUAUCCGCAGCCUCCUUUCCGCCGCUUUUCCUUCUUUUCUUUCCCCUCUCGGUUCCUCUUUCUCCAUUUUGUGUCACAGGCGCUUUUCUUCUCAGUUCCCUCUCUGGGCUCGCACCCCCCCCCCCCCCCGCCCGUCUCACUUUAUUGUGUGUGUGUGUGUGUGUGUGUGUGUGUGUGUCCGUGUCCGGGAGCGGCGCCGAGGGCAGGGCCGGCGAGGCCAGGUGGUGGGCUGGUUUGGCAAAGAAAGGUCUUCUCCUAGGACCCCAGAAUCUCCUGGAGAGACUCGCGCGCUUGCCUGGCAGCUGCGGGGACCUUCGCCUCCUUCCGUCGCCCACGGCGCCGCCCCCGGACUCGCGCGACAGACACCGUGUCACCAGCCGAGGGCCACCCGCCCAGGAGGAGGCUCAGGGUGGACGCCGAACGUUCGAGGGCACGGCACGGUUUGCGUAGAUGUGGAAUCCGAAUCUCACUUUCCCCGGGGGGACUCCCAAGGACCAUUGUAAGAGGAGCGUGCAAAGGAGACAGCGAUGCGAAUCGUAUUUUUCUUGUUUUGUUUGGAACAGAGGGAACCCCAGGCACUAAGAGAGUUCUGUUUCUAAGGAUCAACUUUUUUUUUUUUUAAUAACUUUUCUCUUUUACAAUCAUAGCUGACUUUGAUCCCUUAAAAAAAAGAAGGAUGAACUCUUUCGGGAGACUAAUGCUUCUUGAAUACCUAACGCCCCCAAAGUGAGGUUCUGGCACAGUUUCUCUUCUGAUUUUGAAGUUCAAGGUCUCUAAGCGCUGUUCGGUGAAACAAUGAGAAAUAUGUUGCUACAUUAAAGGUAAAGAAGAAGGUGGUGUUUUCUGCCUUCGUAGUGGAGA